CCAAAACCCUUUCCCAGUUCCCCUUCCUCGGUAGAUCUUGUAAAACCCUAUCCCUCUCCCUCUCUCUCUCUGCGGCAUCGCUCUGCAGAGAUGGUGGGUCCUCUGCUUCGAACCCUCUGGUCAACCACGACACGAAGGUCCUUCUCCUCUCGACCAUCUCCAUAUGCCAAGCUCAAUCCUUGUUUCUCCUCCCCACGCGCCGCCGGUUUCCUCUCACGCGCCUUCUCCGCCGCAACCGCCACUGCCGCAACCGCCGGCGCGGAGGCGAGCUCGCUAGACCCUAGUCGGCUGAGGAACGUGGCCGUUAUAGCUCAUGUCGAUCACGGGAAGACGACGCUCAUGGACCGGCUUCUCCGACAGUGUGGCGCCGAUAUCCCCCACGAGCGCGCCAUGGAUUCCAUCAGUCUCGAACGCGAGCGAGGGAUCACUAUUGCCUCUAAGGUGACAUCCGUACCGUGGAAGGACAACGAACUGAACAUGGUAGACACGCCAGGUCACGCAGAUUUUGGUGGUGAGGUUGAACGAGUUGUAGGCAUGGUUGAGGGAGCUAUAUUAGUUGUUGAUGCCGGCGAAGGUCCGCUUGCGCAAACAAAAUUUGUUCUUGCCAAGGCCUUGAAGUAUGGGCUGCGGCCUAUUCUUCUGUUGAACAAGGUAGAUCGACCUUCAGUUUCUGAAGAGAGGUGUGAUGAAGUGGAGGGUUUGGUAUUUGAUCUUUUUGCAAAUCUGGGUGCCACAGAGGAGCAACUAGAGUUUCCUGUACUUUAUGCUUCUGCAAAAGAAGGGUGGGCAUCUUCAACCUUCACCAAAGAUCCUCCAGCAGAUGCUAGGAACAUGUCAGAGUUGCUUGAUGCCGUAAUAAGGCAUGUUCCGCCACCAAAUGCAAGCCUUGAUGAGCCUUUCCAGAUGCUGGUUUCAAUGAUGGAGAAAGAUUUCUAUCUUGGACGAAUAUUGACUGGAAGAAUAGAUUCUGGAGUUAUUCGUGUUGGUGACAGAGUCCAUGGGCUGCGGAAUAAAGAUUCCAGCUCUGAGAAAAUAGAAGAAGGAAAGGUUGUAAAGCUAAUGAAAAAGAAAGGAACAACAAUUGUCUCGAUAGAUGCUGCAGGAGCUGGUGAUAUAAUUUGUAUAGCUGGUUUGGGAGCUCCGUCAAUAGGUCAUACUGUGGCAAAUACAGAGGUCAUGGCUGCACUUCCCACGGUUGAGUUGGAUCCACCAACCAUUUCCAUGACUUUUGGUGUCAAUGAUUCUCCUCUGGCUGGUCGAGAUGGCACUCACUUAACUGGAGGGAAAAUUGGUGAUCGCUUACUGGCAGAAGCAGAAACAAAUCUCGCAAUAAACGUGAUUCCAGGCAUGUCAGAGUCAUUUGAAGUUCAAGGGAGAGGAGAACUUCAACUUGGUAUCUUGAUAGAGAACAUGAGACGGGAAGGUUUUGAACUCUCUGUCUCGCCACCUAAAGUCAUGUAUAAAAGUGAAAAUGGACAAAGGCUUGAACCAAUAGAAGAAGUGACUAUUGAGGUUAAUGAAGAGCACGUGGGACUAGUGAUGGAAGCUCUGUCCCAUAGGCGGGGGGAGGUCGUAGAUAUGGGUCCUGUACCUGGAAAUGAUGGUAGGACAAGACUGUCAUUAACAUGUCCUUCAAGAGGUUUGGUUGGGUACAGGAGUGUGUUCAGCAGCGACACCCGUGGAACUGGAUUUAUGCAUCGGGCUUUUCUAACUUAUGAAAAGUACAGAGGUCAGCUUGGCAAUGUCCGGAAAGGAGUAUUGGUUUCAAUGGGGUAUGGUACCAUCACAGCUCAUGCACUGAUGAGUUUAGAAGCUCGGGGAACUCUCUUUGUCAAUCCGGGAAUGGAGACGUAUGAUGGAAUGAUCAUCGGUGAACACUCCCGGGAUUCUGAUCUCGACGUUAACCCGGUUAGGACCAAAGAACUCACGAAUGUUCGAGCUGCUUGCAAGGACGAUAACGUGAAGCUAUCUCCACCCCGCCUUCUGACACUCGAGGAAGCCAUUGGAUAUGUCGCCUCUGAUGAACUCAUUGAGGUCACACCAAAGGCGAUCCGGAUGAGGAAGAGAUGUCUGGACGUGAACAAGCGUAAAUCCCUGAGCAAGCGUCAAAAGGAGUAAACCGUCCUCCUUAACCGGUUCCGUUUCCAAUUUUGAUUUUGUUAAACCGGUUCGGUUCUGGAUUUUUUGGCUGCCGUGCGUGGUCAGCAAUCUUUAUUUAUUAUUACACAAAAAAGGCACCAAUCGAUGUUAUGAGGUGACUCGAUUCAUAACUUCAAUUAUAUGUUAACAAUAAUCAGAUACAUCAUGUUUGUAUAAUAAUUUAUUUUUGUUGGUUA